ACAAAUAAUAGCUGGUUUGAUUGGUGCGUGAAAUUAGAGUGAUCCAAAAUAAGCCGAAUAUGCGUGGAGCGAUAUAGAAGAUUCCCGACUUAAAAUCACGGUGAUUUUGCUGAAGGUAAGCUUUGAAGCUCCGCGCCGUGACUUUGUCAAACACACCUUGAUUCCAAACAUACAGAGUUGGUUCCGAACCUAAUUUUGAUCAUGAUAAAUCAUUUGACAUGUACAUAAUCUGAAUUAUUGAGUAGCAUACAGCACUCUUGAACCAACUGGUGCCAGCAAGAAAUUGCUGGCCCAGAAGUUGAAUUGCAUCUGGUCUAGUCAAGCACAUGAGUCAACAGAGGACACUGAAUCAUAGUAGAGCCCUUGAGGGUGUCCAUGGGGUUCACGUGGUGCCUCAUUCACCGUUUUCUUUGACAGAGAGUAAUCAAACUGGAGGUCUUCAUCCAUCAACAGGUGGACCUUCAACUACCGAAGCAAAUCAGCUUCUGUUAAUGCAACGGGUAUGGCAACAAAGACCAGCAUGCUUGAGACCCAUCCAUUGCAGUGCUAGUUGUCAUGGUGAUCAACAUCUUGCUGAAACAAUUGCAAAUGUGCUUACUUCAAUUCCUUUUAUAGCUCUUGGAGUGAAUGCCCCAAGGAAGAAUCUCAGUUGUAAGUUGUAUGCCAAUUCAUUAAUUGGAGUUGGAGUGGCGUCAAGUGUGUAUCAUUGUUCAAGAGGGAAACUGAGGAAAUAUUUGAGAUGGCUUGACUACACAAUGAUAGCUACAACAACUGUUUGUCUGUCAAGAGCUCUCAGAAACGAAAACCCGAAGUUGCUGAUGGCGGCAUCUGCAGCAUUUCUUCCAGUUAAUCCAUUAAUGGUUACACUUAUUCACACUGGGAUGAUGGAGGUAGCAUUUGCUAAAAGGGCAUUGAAAGAUCCAGACUUGAGAAUGGCUCACACUGUGCACAAAAUGUCAUCAUUAAUGGGGGGCAUGCUUUUUGUAGCCGAUGAUUUAUUCCCUAAAACUCCAUACCUUCAUGCUGCAUGGCAUCUUGCUGCUGCUGUUGGUGUAGGCACCUGCAAUAAGCUUCUUGAGUAGAUGUGCAUACUCUAAUAAAAUUGUGGAAAGCAUCCAUUAUGUGCAGAGUAUGAACAGCAUCAACAUAAUUUGUCGAAUUCACCGUGUAACAAGCAAUGGUUAAGAUUAUAAAGUAGUUCAUUAUCAUUUUGGGUUAUGUUUAUAUUGUAGCUGGGUUUAUUUCAGAUUAGUUUCCCCAGUAUUUUUUUUUUACUUUCUUCAGUUGUAGUUGGAUGUUCAUUAGUUAAUUUAUUGGAGAAAGGGAUUUGCAUAGAAAAAACUGGCCGUUAAUAUUGUUCCUUAAUGAAAUUCCAAUUAUUAAACA